UCCUCAUGACCCCAAGGUGUGCCCCGGCUAGCUUCCGGGUUCGCUGCCUGCCUUUAGUUUUUGUAAAAAAGAAACCUCGCCGAGGUUUUCUUGCGGCACCAUGUCUUCUUCUGAGAAGGAGUUCGCCCCGCUGAGCCUGUCCACCGUCCGCGCGCUCAACGACAAGCUGUACGAGAAGAGGAAAGUCGCUGCGCUGGAGAUCGAAAAAAUGGUAAAGGAGUUCUCCACAGCGAACAACAGUUCCCAGAUCCAACAGCUGAUCCGAGUCCUGACUGAUGAGUUUGCCGUGUCCAACAAUCCUCACAGCAGGAAAGGGGGCCUCAUCGGCCUGGCAGCUUGUGCAAUCGCUCUGGGAAAGGAGUCAAGCAUGUACCUGGACCCUCUGAUUGACCCAGUCCUGGCGUGUUUCUCGGACCCGGACAGUCGUGUUCGCUACUACGCCUGCGAGGCUCUGUACAACAUCGUCAAGGUGGCCAGGGGAGCUGUGCUGGGCAGGUUCAACGACAUCUUUGAUGGACUUAGCAAGCUUGCUGCAGAUCCAGAUCCAAACGUCAAGAAUGGUUCUGAACUUCUAGAUCGACUUCUCAAGGACAUCGUCUCAGAAAGCACGUCGUUUGACUUGGCCAGUUUCAUGCCACUGCUGAGAGAGAGAAUCUACACUAAGAACCAGUUUGCCAGGCAGUUUCUGGUGUCUUGGGUGACAGUGUUAGAUUCCGUGCCAGAUAUCAACAUGCUGGUGUACCUCCCCGAGUUCUUGGAUGGACUCUUCCACAUCCUGGCAGAUCCCAGUAGAGAGGUUAGAAGGAUGUGUGAAUCUGCCCUUGGAGAGUUCCUGAAGGGUAUUAAGAAAAGUCCCAGCAGUGCCAACUUCAGCAACAUGGUCAACAUCCUCAUCGUGCACUGUCAGGCACAAGAUGAGUUGCUGCAGCUGACGGCCAUCAUGUGGCUGAAGGAGUUCAUCCUGCUGUCCGGCCGCGCCAUGCUGCCGUUUGCCGCCGGAAUCCUCACCGCCGUGCUGCCGUGUGUGGCGUACGAGGACCACAGGAGAAAGAAUAUCAAGGACACGGCCAUUGCCGUAAACAACAGCCUGCUGCGACUGAUCACGACAGAGGACGACUUGUCCGUACCCACCAGCCCUGUGGAGGGGGAGGACAAGGAUCAGGAUAAGGAGAAGGAAAGAGACAAGGGGGACAAGGUUGAACUAGAACUUGCUCCAGUUGUGGAUGUUCUGACUCGACACCUGCUCCAUGAAUCCAUGUUGACCAGAAUAGCUGUACUGCGCUGGAUCUACAACCUCCAUAUCAAGAUACCAAACAAGAUUUUCCGGCAUGUGGAUGAAUUGUUCCCAGUUCUACUGAAGACUCUAUCAGACAAGGCUGAUGAAGUUAUCCUACUUGACCUUGAAGUUCUAGCAGAGAUAGCGUCAUCACCAGCUGGGCAGAGGGCACGACCUGCCGGGGAGAAGAGUGGGUCUAGCCAAAAUCUAGCCACAGGUGGAGAGCCGUCAUCCCCAGGAGUCAUGAUGAACACGUACUUCACCAAGUUCAUGGUCAGCCUCAUCAAACUGUUCAGCACAGACAAGGAGCUACUGGAGAACAGGGGGUCCUUCAUUGUCAGACAGCUGUGUCUGUUGCUGAAUGCGGAGGCUAUCUUCCGAGCGCUGGCAGAGAUCCUGUUGGAAGAAGAGGACCUGCGGUUUGCUGCCAUCAUGGUGCAGACCCUCAACUCCAUCCUGCUCACCUCCACGGAGCUGUUCGAGCUGAGAACACAACUCAAGGACCUCAAAACAAAGGAGAGUUGUGACCUGUUCUGCUGCCUGUACCAGUCGUGGUGUCACAACCCCGUGGCCACAGUGUCUCUCUGUCUGCUCACACAGAACUACAGACACUCCUGCGACCUGCUGCAGCUCUUUGGUGAUCUGGAGGUGACAGUCGAGUUCCUGACAGAGAUAGACAAGUUGGUGCAGCUGAUAGAAUCUCCCAUCUUUACAUACCUCAGACUACAGUUGCUGGAUGCCCAACAGAAUGCGUACCUGAUCAAGGCCUUGUACGGACUCCUCAUGCUGCUGCCUCAGAGUAGAGCCUUUGACACUCUCAGACACCGACUGGACUGUCUGCCAGCCUCACAUCUCAUUCCACAGCACCAAAGUGUCCAGGCACCUCCCCCUGAGCAGAGGGAGCAUGUGACCAGAAUUAACUUCCACCAGCUGAUCCAACACUUCCAGCACGUCCAGGCCAAACACAGGACAGCCAAGCAACGGGUCAGGCCCAGACACACCGAGGACAGCACACACAGACUAGAGAUGCCAUGAACAGCACACCGAGGACAGCUAACACAGAUCAUGAACAGCACAAAAAGGACAGCUAACUCAAAUCAUGAACUGAGGAUAGCUAAUACAGACCAUGAACAGCACAAAAAUGACUUCUAACACAAAUCAUGAAUAGCACACUGAGGACAGCUAACACAAAUCAUGAACAGCACAAGGACAGCUAACACUGAUCAUGAACAGCACAAAAAGGACAGCACACACAAACUAGAGAUACCAUGACCAGCACAAAAAGGACAGCUAACACAGGUCAUGAAUAGCACACUGAGGACAGCACACACAGACUAGAGAUGCCAUGAACAGCACACCAAGGACAGCUAACACAGAUCAUGAACAGCACAAAAAGGACAGCACACAGAGAUGCCAUGACUAGCACAAAAUGGACUUCUAAUACAAAUGAACAGCACACUGAGGACAGCUAACACAAAUCAUGAACAGC